GCUGACUCGGGUUUUGUUAUUGUUAUACUUGCUCCUUAUCUUUUGCUUUGUCACGCUUUUUUCAUUACACACAAACAGCAUAGUUUUGUUGUUUGGUUUAACGCAGAUUGUUCAACAGUAGUUACAAGAACCUAAUACCACAUUACCACCCUUUUAUGUGUCCAACACAAAAGCGCAGUAGUUUAUAAGAGCAGCUCUGCCUAAUGUCGUUUACUUAAUAUUAGUGCAGUUGGUAUCCGUAACUAAUAGAUUCCAAGUUCUCUAACCCGGUAUUACCUACAGGUUUGUAUAUAUGGCCAGCACAAAUAUGUUUGGGCAGCACAAGCUAUUAGAUCAAAUUUUCGCUUUAGGCAUAAUGGUAGCAAACCAAUUUUUGUCCCAAAGUUCAACCCGGCAGCGAAUAAAACAGCCAGCUUCAGUUCCAUUUAUUUGGGAAGUAAGACCAGGUCUCCCUAAAACGGACUGGAAGCAUAUUGCACCAGUUGGUCCAACUGCUUUGCCUCCAGUCAAGCUGACCGCCCUGGAUUCAUUAAUCCAGUGGGAAGAAAUGCCAGGAAAACCUCUACAUUGCUUCCCACAUGAGAUGCCAGAUGCAGGUCCAGUAGUGCACUUACCACCACCUAUGCUACGUGAUUCUCAAUCACCUAGACCUACAGUGUACUCCCAGAAUAUUUCGUAUAAUGCAGAUGAUGAUGAUGGAUGUGAUGGUGAUGAUGAAAAAGAUGAAAUAAUUGAUUCAUACCUUGAUGCAUGGGGUUUUGAAGACGUGGAGUUGAUCAGCUUAGCUCCAUCGCUUUUGGCCAAUCGACUAAUACCAACUCUGGCAAUAUCUAAUGCUGUUCCAGUGGUAGAAAAUGGUCUGAUGAAUGGGAACAAUCUUCAGCUACAAGCAACCUUUUCUCCUAUAUAUGAGAGUGACAGCAGUACAAGCAGCUAUGCAACAGGUAAUACAAGCCUAGACGACACUCCAAUUUUAGAACGUCUCUUUCCAUUGUUAUUGCGCAAGUCAAGUUUCCAGGAAAAGGUUGGAUGCGAGAAGGGUACACAUACUACCCCACAGACACUGCCAAGCAGGGUUUCAGACAUGAAUUAUGAACUUGACCAAAAACUUGUAGUGAAGAGGCCGUUAACUCUUGGGGAGCAAAUAUUGAUCAGUCGCAAAAGAAGCUACCACAGGAAAGCUAUUUUAAUGCGAGACCAGAAUCACUCCAUGGAAUUUAUGAAGAAAAGUGCCCUCGGUUGUUGCAUGGUCGGAAGUGUCAACAAGAUCAAAAGAAUACAGGGCAAGUGGAAGAAGCACCUGCAACUGAAGCCAAGUUAAGAAAGUCCCUCUGCAAUUUUAGUUAAUGCC